AUGAUCCUGGCGCGUCAGAUACCGCUGGAUCUGACCGCACUCGCUCUACGUCGCGUGUACAUACAGUCGAAAAACUUGGACCGGGAGGGUGCACCAUUGGAGCACGCGGCUAAAGUCAGACUCUGUAUCCAGGCUAAGCGAGAAGCCUUAGAGGAAUGGAGAAACAGGGUAAGGAACAAAUAUCGCACUUUUGGCCUGAGAACAACCCAGGCUAUCCUUCCUUGUUUCAAAGAAUGGUACGAGAGAGCUGAAGGAUAUAUCAAUUUUCCACAGCACACAAGUGAUCUCUGGACAUGGCUGUUUCCAGGAUUGCUUCGCAAGAGGAAAAGAGCCGCAUUCUCAAGCUGCGAAAACUGCGGAGGAGGACCGGACACAGCCCAGCACACCCUGGAGUCUUGCUCAGCCUGGGACGAGGAGAGGGCGAAACUGCGGGGUGUGCUGAAUAGAAGAACUGGUCUCGAUCUGCCAUCAAUUAUAGCAGCGAUCACUAGUGAUAAAGCAAAAUGGAGAGCCUUCAUUGCCUUCUGUGGAAGGGUAAUGAAGGCCAAGGAAGAGGGAGAAAGAGAGAAGGAAAGAAGAGGUCAAAAGAUGAACAUAGAUCUUCCCCUAAAAAAAAAGAAACCCACAGGGUACAUUAAACCCACCCACACGGGUACUUUCAUUCCCAUCUCUCCACAUUGA